GGUCACGUGACCCACAUCUACUGCUACGUGUACGCCGAGUGGCCGGAAUCUCUUUGGAAAGUACCGUAUAUUCUCCGAUGAACUGGCAUUCCACAUUAGCAACAAACAUUUAGUGGAUGGUGGAUUACAAGUUUAGUUAGUUUUUUGAAAUUAAAUAGUUCACAAAACCCUUCAAGAUGGGUAUUAAAUUCUUGGAAGUCAUCAAGCCUUUUUGUAGUAUAUUACCUGAAAUAGCUAAGCCUGAAAGAAAGAUUCAAUUCAGAGAAAAAGUAUUAUGGACAGCCAUUACUCUAUUUAUUUUCUUAGUAUGCUGCCAGAUUCCCUUAUUCGGAAUCAUGAGCUCAGAUUCAGCCGAUCCAUUUUACUGGAUCCGUGUUAUCCUUGCUUCAAACAGAGGAACACUUAUGGAGUUGGGUAUAUCUCCAAUUGUAACAUCUGGAUUGAUCAUGCAACUUCUUGCUGGUGCUAAAAUCAUCGAAGUUGGUGAUACUCCUAAAGACAGAGCAUUAUUUAAUGGAGCUCAGAAAUUAUUCGGUAUGGUCAUCACUGUUGGUCAGGCUAUUGUUUAUGUUAUGACUGGAAUGUAUGGAGAUCCUUCAGAAAUUGGAGCUGGAGUAUGUCUUCUAAUUAUCAUCCAAUUGUUUGUUGCUGGUUUAAUUGUACUUCUACUUGAUGAGCUGCUACAGAAAGGUUAUGGGCUUGGAUCUGGUAUUUCUCUGUUCAUUGCUACCAAUAUCUGUGAAACAAUUAUUUGGAAAGCAUUCUCUCCUGCUACUGUUAACACUGGAAGGGGUACAGAAUUCGAAGGUGCUGUGAUUGCUUUGUUCCAUCUCCUAAGCACACGUCAAGACAAAAUCAGGGGUCUCAGGGAAGCAUUCUACCGCCAGAAUUUACCAAACUUGAUGAACUUACUGGCUACUGUCCUCGUUUUUGCUAUAGUCAUAUACUUCCAGGGCUUCCGUGUGGAUCUACCAAUCAAAAGCGCCAAGUACAGAGGCCAGUAUUCAAGUUAUCCUAUCAAACUAUUCUACACAUCAAAUAUUCCAAUCAUUCUACAAUCUGCGCUCGUCUCAAAUUUGUAUGUUAUCUCUCAAAUGUUAGCUGUUAAAUUCCAAGGAAAUUUCUUAAUCAAUUUACUCGGUGUUUGGGCUGAUGUUGGAGGUGGUGGCCCUGCUAGGUCCUAUCCUAUUGGAGGUUUGUGCUAUUACCUCUCGCCUCCUGAAAGUGUAGGACAUAUUCUGGAAGAUCCAGUUCAUGCUCUCCUAUAUAUCGUUUUCAUGUUGGGAUCCUGUGCCUUCUUCUCAAAAACGUGGAUUGAAGUUUCUGGAAGUUCUGCCAAAGAUGUCGCUAAGCAGUUGAAAGAACAACAGAUGGUCAUGAGAGGACACAGAGACAAUUCCAUGAUCCACGAAUUGAACAGAUACAUUCCUACUGCGGCAGCUUUUGGCGGCCUUUGCAUUGGAGCCUUAUCAGUUUUGGCUGAUUUCCUAGGAGCCAUUGGUUCAGGUACCGGUAUCUUGCUGGCCGUUACCAUCAUCUAUCAAUAUUUCGAAAUAUUCGUCAAAGAACAAAGUGAGACUGGAGGCAUGGGAACCUUGCUAUUCUAAAUAUAGGUUUUAACAAAUUACCCUUGAUGCAAUUCGAAAUUGCUUCUGCAAUUCUGUGUGAUAUCAACUGUAGUGGUAUGCAGGGUGUUGAAAAAUUAUUUAUUACUUGUCAGCUUGAUUUUUACUUCAUUGAAGUAAAAGUUUUUGAUUUGUGUAGUUAGGACUUUUGAUAGGAUGUAUCAAAUAUUUACAUUUUCUGGAUCCAGAUUGAAUUUGUUAUUUCAUCACCCUGUAUACAUUAAGUUUCUAGUACAAUGGUUGAUAUAAUUUUCUAAUUAGGAAAUAUGGAAUGUGUCACGAUGUGACUCUGAUUUUGUAAUAAAUAAUGAAAAAAUA